AUGAACAUAACAAUGUGGCACGUAAGGUUGUUAAACACACCCUUCAACCCCAAGGUUGUUUAUGAUGGACACCCAACAUUGUUUACCAUUAAGUUGUACCAUGGAGGUGAGUUCACCAAGUACCCUGAUGUUCGUUACAUUGAUGGAACUGUAAACUAUGUUGACAUGGUAGACAUAGAUGAGUUUUCAGUUCAUGAGCUCGAUGCAAUCAUGAAGGGUUUUAGAUAUGGGGUUCCUCCUGUUAUAUACUACCAUUUUCUUGUGCUGGUGGAGACUUCCACUUUGGUCUUCGCCCUUUAG